AGGCUGCGCGCGCGCGCCCGACCACCACCACCACCACUGCCACAAGCACCACGUCGACACGUUUAACUUCGCCCAUGCGUGGCUUUGCAUGCACACCAUUUCCAUUCCACACUCGUUUUUGAUGGGAAUGUCUCUAAUCCUGUGCGAUGAUAAAGGACGCGCCAUGUUUCUUUAUCUGACGGCUUUAUCCGUGUGUUCAGAAUCGCACGCGCCAACUCUGUGGACAUACUGACAACAGCGCGAGCCCCUGGAGCAGCUUUUGGGGAAUAACGACGACAUUUAUUUAAGGAUUGCCUACAGCACUGGCUUGGAUCAGAUUUCCUGCUUGUGCUGGCACCUUUGUUGUUCCUCUUUCACAUUUAUUCUCCUUCUCCUCAACCAGCCAUGAUGCCCACCUCCUACUCUAUCCGAUACACGCAAGAGAAGUUCCACCUUCUCUCGUAGUAAUGCCCGCUCUGGCUCAGUGCCAGUCUCCACCCGCUGCCCUACCCACCGCUCCUCCUCUUGCCAUCCCACCCCUUGCCAUUGCCAUUGUUGCUAUCUGCAGGCUCCUGCACCAUGAAGGAUGAGGUCAUCAGCACCAACGCACUGGCCUGGCUGGUCUGCUCCGGUGUGUCCAUCCUGGCCAAUGCCUGGGGCAUCCUGAGCGUGAGCGCCAAGCAAAAGAAGUGGAAGCCUCUGGAAUUCCUGAUCUGCACGUUAGCCGGCACACACAUCCUCAACAUGGGCAUCCCUAUCACAAUGUAUUGCGUCAUCCAGCUACGCCGCCAGCACUCCAAUUACGAGUGGAAUGAAGGCCUCUGCAAGGUCUUUGUCUCUACCUUCUACACUCUUACCCUGGUCACCUGCUUCUCGGUCACAUCACUUUCCUACCAUCGCAUGUGGAUGGUGCGCUGGCCUGUUAAUUACAGGCUGAGCAACACAAAGAAGCAGGCUGUGCACACAGUGAUGGGCAUCUGGAUGGUUUCUUUCAUCUUGUCCACACUGCCUGCUGUGGGCUGGCACGACACAAGCGAGCGCUUCUACGCCCACGACUGUCGCUUUAUCGUGACUGAAAUCGGCCUAGGCUUUGGCGUUUGCUUCCUACUGCUGAUCAGUGGCAGUGUAACAAUGGGAGUCAUCUGCAUUGGCAUUGCUCUCUUCCAGACCUUCUCCAUGCAAACAGGCCACAGUGCCGACAAGAACAAGUUCAACGUGCCCACGAUCGUAGUAGAAGACGCGCAGGGUAAGCGCCGCUCAUCCAUUGACGGCUCCGAACCAAUCAAGACCUCGCUGCAAAUCACAUACCUGAUCAGCGGCAUCGUGUUCAUCUAUGAUUUUCUUACUGGCUUUCCUAUUCUGGUGGUGAGCUUUGCCAGUCUGAAGUAUGACCGUUCCUACAGCUGGAUGGUACUGUGUGUGCUGUGGUGCUCCAUCGCACAGUCUAUCCUCCUCCCUAUGUUCCUUUGGGCAUGUGACCGUUACCGUGCUGACGUCAAGGUGGUGUGGGAGAAAUGCGUGGCCAUCAUGUCCAAUGACGAAGUGGACGAAGAAAACAGCCAGGAUGGAGGCAUUCAUCCGGACUUAAUAUAUGACAGACCUUAUGACUAUAGCUCCGCUGCUGAUAUCAUGACGGUAGACCGUAUUGCCAAGUACGAAUUCUCAACCUUAGAAAAGGGGGUCCCCCAGUGUUAUCCAUUGAGGGAGCCUCAGGAAGAUAAAAUGCACUAUUUGCAGGUGCCCCCUACAAGAAGAUACUCCCACGACGAAACCGACAUGUGGACCACAGGGCAGAUUCCUUCCUACCUGCACCGCUGGGGCUCCACCGAGGACAUGAUGGGCGUGCCGCGUUACACCUCGAACCGUCACGAGAGGCGGCGCAGCAGCCUGGCUUCGUGCCACGAGGAGAACAACCGCCAUCAACGCGCACGUAGGAGCUCUGAUGGGACACGCUCUCUCCCGCGUCCCCAGCGCUCCGAGGACGAUUUGGGGUGCUUCAGCCGUGAUGAGGUGAUCAACUUCAUCGACGAGACGCCUUUGGCCAGCCCUAUCAGAAGCCCCCGCCGUGCAUCAGCGCUCUCAUUAGUGGCCGGCGCUCAAGAGCGCCAGAUUAUCCUUCUACCACAUUUUCCUCUCACACACUUCGAGCGAGAGCCUCAGGCCCUGCGACGUGCCUCUGAACACAAGAGCUCACGCACUGAACUGCAUCAGGGCUCUCCAAGAAAGGAGAGUUACAGCAGAGGGAGAGCAGAAGAAGUGGGUUUAAGUGAAUGUGGAUCUGAAAAAGGCUAUCGUGAGCAGCGGCGGGAUGGCAGACAUACAUCUGAACUGAUUUUAACAGGCUGGACAGCAGCACACUCGCCACUCAGGGGUAAAGGUGAAGCACACGUGACUAAGAGUGAAAUCCUAGGGAGCAUGAACAGUUUUAGAAACUUACAAUCACCGUCGUCAAGAUAUACAUUUCACUCCGGUUCCAUCGGAUCGACGACUUAAGAUCCUGGAGCCUUUAUGAUUAUAAUCCGUCUUACUCACUUCUCUUACUAUUGGUAUGAGUAUUCUUGUUAUAAAUAUUCAAGUGGAAUGUUUUUGUAAUAUGAGCGCUUUGUGAUCGAGUGUUGAGAAGUGGUCUAAGGCAGAAAUAACCAACAUUCUUUUAUAGCUAUUUUUAAAUGUUACAAAUAUACAAAACAUGAUAAUCUCAUAUCGCAUAUUUUGGAGUUAAUAUUUCCACUUAAUGAGAAUUACGACAGUAGAAAGGGCCUUUUUUCAGCUGGUGUUUACAAAUAGCCACAACUAGCCAUUUAAACUUUUUACUGAAUACCUAUUUCACUCUUUUCACAGUUUCUGUUGUUUAUGGUUGUGUGGUAUGUUAUGGUUAUAUUAUUAUUUUAUUAAAUAAUUCUAUACAUGUACAGUAGCAAUUAUAUCAUUUGAACAAAAAAACAAACACACAAAGCUUGUUUUUAUCAUCAUUUUCAGCAUUUUUAUUUCACGCAUAAAUGUUUUCGGAUGAUUUGUCUAGAGCAGUUGUUUCAGAUUAAAUACAUAUCAAUAACCACCAGGUUUUAUUCUAAUGAAUCUUGUAUAAUGUUUCAACAUACCUUAUUUAUUUACUGCUCAGUUGUUUGUUUGUUUUUAAUGUAUGCACACAAAAUUUGUCAACAUUUGAAUGGUGGAGUAAAAUCAAUUUCUUUCUCAGUGAAGGUUUCUAUCAAAUUUCUAAAAUGAGCUCUUAACCCCAACAGUUACAUUUCACAAACUGUUAUAUUCAAAUAUGAAAAUAUGUAUUUGCCUAUGUACAGUAAAUGCCACACAUGGUUAUUUUAUUCAUUAAAUUACCAGAAUUCUAUUUGAACGCAACUCUGCAACAUCAGGCCCACUUUUCAAUACUUUUUGUUCAUCUGGUCUUUCCUCCCACUAGCUAAAAUAUUAACUUUUUUCUAUAACAAACAAUUUCACUUGCUUAAAACAGUUUAAAACUUGUCAACAAUUUGAUUUAUGACCACACAACCCCUCUUUACGUUGAGUUAAAUAGUGAAGAAGCACAUCCAUAUCAGGCUGUCUAGAAGCCCUUCUUGAGAGCAUCCAGUAAAAUGCCUGAGUUUCAACCAUGCAUCAUUCAAUUACCUAUUAGCACAGUGGGUUACAUAAAAAAAACCUUUUGGCUUGUUUGGAAACAAAAGUGGACAAGUAAAGAUUUAAUCCUAAGAGUGUUAGAAAUAAGGCUCUUUGUUUUAAUUCCAACAGCCAGUAAUAGUGGAUAUCAUUAGAGCCUAAUGAUGACAAUGUUUUUUUCCACAUUUGAGUUAUUAUUUCUUAAGAAAACCCUGGGACUUGUGUGCAGUAAGUUAUAGUCUGCUUUUCAGAGUGAUUGGAUGAACGCACUACAGUAUAGUAGUGAUGGGAAGUUUGAAUCAUUUUAGUGACUCAGUUUUUUGAAUCUCAUUCAUCAAAAUGAGCGAAUCUUUUUUGAGUCAUCUACGGUAGUUUAUUUCAUUCUUUUGACCAGAAACAAAAUAAAAUGUUACAUUUUCAAUAAACAGACCCCUCAAUAUGUCUACAUACACACACUUUGGCUAAAGUUUCAGUAAUGAAACUAUUACAGUGCAGCUAAAGACAU